CCAGAUUUGGUCAUCAACGCCUAAAAACCCAAGCCAAAGCCCUACCCCUCUCACUCUCUAGUCAACAAGCACACCAUGGCCGCCUUCGCCGCCAGAUCAGCCUUUCGCUCGGCCGCGCGCAGCGCCUCCGCGACUAUAUCCGCCGGCGUCAAGCCUAGGGCCGCUCCCUCUCCAUUUCGCGUCCCAUCGCAAAGGCUCUCCGCUCGCAUUUUCAGGUCUCCCGUUGAGAUGAGUUGUGUUAGCGUAAUGUCGAUGUUGCCGCACCACACCGCCACCGCCUCCGCCGUCCUAAAUUCUAUGCUAUCCGUCGCGCCUCGCGGCCACGGUUGGAGCAUUGAAGGGUUAUGAUUCCUGCUCAUUGGCUGAUUUGAUGCUUGAAGGUUUUCUGAUUCUCUCUUUUUUGUUUAAGCUAUAAUAGUAUUGUAUAAGCCUCUGAGGAUAACUGGCACUUUAAACCACAGUCUUAAUCUCCCAAUUGUUGUUUUGCUUGUUUUCUAGCAGCAAAUGGCUAAACUAGUUUCUAUAAUUUCUUUAUGCUGUAUUGUAGAUCGGUGAUUGUUGAGAUGGGCAGCGUUUUGUGAUUGUUGUCAAUGGACAUGUAAUACUACUUCAAGGGACAUCAUUUCUGCUUCGUCGUUAAAGCUAUUCUUUUAUAAUCCUUGUAGUCGUCUUCUCCAUUCUCAGUCAUUCAUUAAUGUGCAAGAUGUAUAGUGGUACUCCUAAAUUUGUGUUUUCCCCGUCCUUCUUUGAAAAAAAUGUUUCGACAUAUGAUCUCACUUCGUAUCUAUAAUUCUUGUUUGAGGGGUUUGGAGCAUGUAUCAACUAACAGAUUGAAUGUAUUGUGACAUUAUUUCACCAUUA